AAAUACCAGGUCAAAAUUAUUGAUAUAUCGAUAAUAUAUCAACAUCCCUUUUCAAUUUGUAUCAUAAUUACAUAGUAGUAUUAAUGAGCAUUUAUUGCUGCUGCUUCUUGAUGACCACUCCAUUGGCAUUAACGUUGCUGCUACUUACACCGCUUACUCAAAGCCAUCAAUUUCAAUAUCAGACCGAUGAACAAUUUCAUGAGGAACUGGUGGUGCGACCCCUUGCCGGUGACCAUGUAAACACAUACUUUCAAUUCACCACACGCUGGCACUACGGCAGCCAGAGCAAUCUUUAUCACACACAGCUGACGCCGCGUGUCAUUGCCGAAAUUCUGCAAACUUACGAUGUAAAGGAACUGCACAUUGGGCUCACGCAGGGACUGUGGCGCUACGAGUCCUGGGGCUAUCCUAUUGUUGAGGCUACGGGUGGAGCCGAACUGUGGGCGUGGUUUAGUUCACCGAACCUGACCAACAGUAGUGUAAACAAGCAAUGGAUGCGAUUAGCAAAUGUCUUUUCUGGGAUACUUUGUGCGUCGCUUAAUUUUGUCGAUAAUACCAAUAGCAUUGCACCCAAGCACAUAUUUCGUCCGCAGUUUAUGGAGUCGGGCAAUCAGAGUCAACAAUUUGUACGCUAUGCCACAUUGCCCCGAGAAAUUGUCUGCACUGAAAAUUUAACGCCGUGGAAAAAGCUAUUGCCCUGCGGCAGUGCGUCGGGCCUGGCUACAUUGCUGAAUUCGGGCUAUGUUCACAAUACUAAAUACCAUUCCCUAGGUGUUAAAGUGCGUACAUUGUGCGACAGCGACGACUCAAAUAAUUGUAUUGUGGAGCUAACACAAACGGCCAAUCUAGUCUACGACUUAAAGUUGUUGGAGCAGAGCAAUACAGACUUCUCGCUGCGCCGUCUAUUUGGCAUGGGCUUAAACGGAUACUGCGAGUUGGCCACAAGCAGUAAAAUUUAUGUACAGCGAAAUGAGCAAGGCGAACGCUUUCAAUUGAGUCCACAGCCACAGCAGGAGCUGAUUAGUACAGUCGGUGGCUACAGCGUUCUCUAUGGUGUUUAUGAUAUACAGCAACAGUUCGAAGGACCCGGGGCGCGUCUCUUCAACAUUGCCUGGGUAGGACCCAAGGGUAACAGCAAGAGGGAGCAGACAUCAGCGCCACCGCUCUAUGCGCAUCGCUAUCUGCUGGGUAAUGGUCAGAAGCACGGACGUAUUGCCACCGAAGUGAUCAAUUCGCAUUAUGAGCCACUCCCUGUGGUACUGAUGGAGUUGGUGCCCUGGUAUGUCCAUGCCUAUCUACACACACUGCGCAUAUGCAGCAAGCCGCAGCAUUUGCAUGAGUACACCACCAGCGAACUGAAGUUCAAUCUCUUGCAUUACGCUCCAGGAAAGCAGCGUGAGUUGCCCACCCAUUUGGAGGUUGGCUUUAUGCUGCCCGCCAGGAGCAGUGCUCUAAUUACCAUUGAGGUGGACUAUCUGCUCCUCAAAUGGCUUGAGUAUCCACCAGAUGCAAAUCAUGGUCAUUAUAUUGGAUCUGCCGUCAUUAGCAGCCAGCUACCCAUAGGGCGCAAUUAUACAGCUAUGCCGCCAGAGGGGCAUCUAUUCAAGGACUCGUUUAAUGCAUCGCGUGCCACAUAUACGCUGACACUACGCACUGAGGCGCUCAUUGUAUCCCUGCCCACACCCGACUUCAGCAUGCCCUACAAUGUCAUCUGUUUAGCAUGCACCGUGGUGGCUCUGGCCUUUGGGCCCAUACACAGUGUCGCCACCAAGCUGAUCAUUGUGGAACGCCAGACGACCAUACCGCGGAAUUUAUUACGCAAAAUCGUUCACAAACUGUCCAAUCGAUUUAGCAGGCGAUCUGCACCUGCCGUUGCCGCUGCCGAUCAGCAGCAAAGCAAACAAGAUGGAAAGGAUAAAGGAAUCCCUUCCCUGCUGGAACAGCAGCUAGAUCAGGCAGAAAGUAAGAAACCUCGUGAUAAGCAGGCGAACAUGUGAUAAACCAGGAGGAGAAAGCGUGAGAGAUGAAGACCCAGCGAUAGAGAAAGAUAGAGAUAGAGUGGACAAAAGACCCUCGUAAGCAGCCGUUAUUCAAGCAGCUGCAACCUCUAUAUAUUCCAAAGUA